AAGAAGCUUCCAAGGACCAAAACCAUCCCCGAUUUCUUCAGUUUUGUUCCUUCCUCUGAACCCGUUUAAACCAUACACGCUCCCCGACCCGAUAUCUAUUUUCCUUCAUUUAAACUACGGACACCGCCUUGCGAAACCCAGAAAUCUCACUUUAACAGAAAAUAGAAAAUCGUUCGGAUUUUUUUUAUUUUCGAUAUCUCCAUUUAUUCGGCGAUCGAAGCCUCUCCUCGCUAUGUUCAAGUUUUGAUCGUCUCUGGGUUUCAAUCUAAUGUUAUUGGCGAACCUAGAUCGAGUGAUUAGCAUUUGAUUAUGUCGUUACGGGUCUUCAGGGUUCAUAUGUCCUGAUUAUGGUUAUAUGUUGUGGAGGGGGAUCUCAGGAUCAACAGUCCCAGUCGCGUCCACAGGGUGGUUCUUCUCAGUCCUGGUAUCCUCCGUCCGUAGUUAGCUCCCUGAGUUCUUCUCGUCCAGGUACACCAGGUAGCACCUCCUCUGGAAGCUUCAGUUCACAUAGACCUACUGACAGGCCAGAAUCGCCAUCACACGUGUCACCUGCUGAAGCUGCGGGCAUUAUUGCUGUCGUGAAGGAUAAAAGUGUUGAUGAGUUGCGGAAGCUUUUAUCGGACAAGGAUGCGUACCAUCAAUUUUUACUUUCACUAGAUCAAGUGAAAAUUCAAAACAAUCUAAGAGAAGAACUUCGCAAAGAAACUCUACAGCUUGCCAGGGAUAACCUGGAGAAGGAACCACGGAUGAUGGAGCUUAGAAACCAGUGCAGAAUAAUUAGGACAACAGAGUUGGCUGCUGCCCAGGAGAAACAGAAUGAGCUCGAGAGACAGAAGGAAGAAAGUUUGAAAUUCUAUUCUCCUGCCUCCCUUCUCCAAAGGCUUCAAGAGGCAAUGAACAAGACUGAGGAGGAAUCUGAAAACCUGCACAGUCAGUUCUUAGAUAGGGAGAUAGAAUUUGGGGCCUUCGUCCACAAAUACAAGAAGCUCCGUACUACUUACCAUAGGCGAGCACUUGUACAACUUGCAGCCAAAACGUCGUCAACUGGUUGAAUUGACAUGAAUUGUUGCAUACUUGAAUGUUGAGGAACAUCACUUCUCGAUUGUUCAUUGUAUGAGAUUGGUAUAAUUCGUUUUCAUCUGUACAGGUUAGUGCUAUACAUCAUUACGCCAGUUCUUGUUGCAAUGAGUAAUGUUAGUACUCAUUACUACUCUCAAAUAUCAAUUUCACGACA